AUGCCUUACACCAACGCAAGCCAGCAGCAGAAGGAUGCUGUGGCUACUAUGGUUGAGAGGAUGAUGAAACCUACCAACGCUCCCACUGGCAACUCUUUCACGCUCGGUUGGGAUGUUGUUGCCUCAUACUCUGAAAAGCAAAUCAACAAGCUGCUCAGUGUUCGGCACGGAACGAAGAAGGCCGGUAUGCUCAGGAAUCUGGUACUCACAACUGAGGACUACAACCCUGCAACGGACGAGCCUUACACCACUACCUGGAACCUGAACUUCGGUCCACCAAUGCUUCAAUUCGAUGCGCAUGCCAGUAGUCAGCCAAUGUGCUCGAUUCAAAUGGAUAUUAUCUCCGGCACCAAGCAAGUUACCGGAGCCCCAAAGCCUAUCCCGACCGGUUGGAAACUUCAGCUAAACGGCAUUCCGCUCGCCACUGCUCGUGGUAAAAUCUCCGAUGAAGGAGAGAUUGAAGGCGGCGUUGAGAACAUCGUCCCGGGUGAUACGCCAAUUCACUUCGGAGACGCUAACGAGGAGCAUAGCCAUGUUGUGCUUGGCUUUCACUUGGACAAGGACAAUCUGAAAGUUCUCGCUAUUUCUCCUGACGAAUUGGACCUGAAGAACAAGGCUCUUGGGUUUAUGAAGACCUCGUUCCAAGAGGGUUUCCUCGACUUCUUCACUGGCAACAACGGGAAGACCGCUUUGAGCUAUUCGAUUGCAAGUGUCAACAGUGCCUCAGCACCAGGUCACGAAGAUCUCAAACCGGUGAAGUUUCAAUUUGCAACAUUUGCGAAAGGUGAUUUGGGCAUCGUCUCUAUUUUUAUUCAGGUCAAAGGAGGCUUUAACGCUGGUACGACCGAAGGGCUUCAAUCGCUGUGGCAAGCGCAGUGGCUGCGGAGCAACACUCAGCCAAUUCCUGAGCACUUCACUGCCAGUCUCAUCCUUUCAUCCGAGAUGAUUCAUCGCGUGCUUCUUCAGCCAGGAUUCCAGAAAUCCAAUUGGGAUGCGACGAAUGCGACCGAACCGACCGACUUUUGUAACAGAGUGAGCGCACGAAACCACGCGGUCUGGAAACUUCCAGUCCAGGACAUUGAUUAUUCUGCUGGAGUGUUUCAUGUUGACGGGCCUCAAAUCAAUUUACAUGAUUUCCCCCUGAAAAUGACGAUAACUCAGAAAGAUCCCGCUGGUAGCCCUGAGGUGACCGCACACUGGCAAAUCGAGAAGGAUAUCUCUUGGGAAGCACGCCGUCCCAUACUGGCAAACUCCGACGGCCACAUCCAUGCGAUUUUCAGACUUUGUGAUCCCGAUCACUAUGAUCAACCUCGUAAGAUGGACUGCACGAUUACACUAGAUGAUGAAGCUUUUGGCAUGGACUUGCAGGUCAACACUCAGAACUUCCGAAUGGAUCAGAAUGAGGAAAAUGCAAUUGAAUUCGAAGCUUGGCAAAAAGGCAUGAGGGGCAUCUGGACUCAGGCGCCAAAUGUCAAAAUCGGGACUAUGGGCCUGGGAUUCCUGCGCACCACUAAUCUUCUUACGCCUGAUGCACGCGUUGUCGAUUUCAAUGAGGAGAUCGGUCUCAAGGCCCCCAAGGACUUUGUUUUGGUUGGUGAUAUCUUGGAUUACUAG